ACGCGCUAUUAAUAAAUUCAUAAUAUAACAUAAACAUAUAGAGUUUGCGUAUGAGAUGGUUAAACUGAGAAUAAGAUCAAAUUUAAAAAUUGAUAUAUAUUUUACGUAAUUACGCGCAGGUCCACCGGGCAAGCAGGUAGCUUUAGCACCGUCACACCAAUGUUCCAAAGCAAGAAGGUUCCUCGUGCCUGUUUGGUCUCGAGUCACACGAAGUAAUAUGGAGAUGUCGGGAGCCGCUGGUUUUUUCCUGUAUUUCGCCUUCGGAAGCAACAUGUUGAAAGAAAGGCUACAGCUGGCAAACCCGUCAGCGAAAUUUUAUCAGACCGGUCGGCUGAAGGACUACAAACUGAACUUUGGACUGUGGAAAGAACACAUAGACAAUAAUGCUUGGCACGGUGGCGUGGCAACCAUUGAGUCUUAUCCAGGCGCAGAAGUGUGGGGGGUCAUCUGGACUUUGAACAACGAACACCUCUCGAGCCUUGAUGACCAGGAAGGAGUGAAGGCCGGUAUAUACUCUCCACUAGAGGUCUCUGUGGAGACUGAUAACGGGACGGUGCUCUGCAGGACGUAUCAGAUGAACAACUUCCACGCCUGUCCUCCCUCUCCACAGUACAAACAGGUGGUGUGUGUGGGCGCGGAGCAGAACGGACUCCCUGUGGAGUACAAGAAGAGCCUGGAGGAGGUUCAAACCAACAACUACAGCGGCCCCUCGAUCCUGGACCAAAUCCCGACGGUCAUGAACCUGUUAAACAGUUCAAAUUCAGCUUCCUGAACUUGGAAUGAAAGUCAGCAGAAAUACACCAGAAUGAGAUAUAGAGCAGCUAAUUAGUGGAGGAACCUCGUGGUGAGGAAGAUAUCACACUUUUUCUUUUUUUUUUUUGCAGAUUAUGGACCUUUUAACCUCAAACAUGACUAUAAAUUAUUACCAUUAUAUAACAAGAUUGAGACUGAGAUAUGAUUAACAGGACAGGGAAAAAUGUUUUUUGUUUUGCAAAUAACUCUCUUAUGUUAUGAAAGUGGCACCACUGUGUGGACAGAACUUAAUAAUGCAUGCAAUUUAAUAAGGAGACAUUUGGCUGAGCCCAACACAAACCAUGUCUUAAUCACCGCUGAGCAAUUAGAUUGUGUUGAAAAAUGUGUUUCAUUUCAAAGACUAAAAAUAUGCAGCGCAGGCACUUGUUACCACAGUGUUCCUCUGGGGAAUAUUAAACACUGAUGACACACCCUUAAGACUCUACACUUGUCCGCCUUUUAUUACACAUAAUGCACUGCCUGUAUUAUGACUUUAAACCAGUUUGUUCACUUCUGUGAGAAAAGAAAAAGGGGCCUGCAGUUUGUAAUUACACAUGGGAAAAAAAGGAAAAUAAAAACAUACCUUGGGAUGCUUUAACACAGCUUAAUUAAAAAUUACAUUUUUAUUACAAAAUGAAAAUAAAAAUGGACCAUUCGUGUAAAA